AAGAGAACAGGCAAAGUCACUAACGCGUGUUACUUCCCCUGUCAGUUUAAACUCUUGCGGGAUUGAGAUAUUAAUACCAGAAAACCAAAAAAGACAUCCGAUUAAAACCACUUGGGUUUGAUAUUGAAACUUUUUUUUCUUCUGUAUUUAAGUUUGUCGAUAUUGUUUUGCCGACAUGGGAGCUAAAUCGAGCCGAAUUCAAACAGCAGGCGCCGGGAGGAACGGGCUGAGUCAGGAUUCACACAGGAUACAGAACCGCAACAGUUUAGCGGACUUUCUCAGUCGUUUGCACAACAGCGUCCAGGGUGACGGAACCGAACCCUACCAGAACCGAGACCGUUUUAAACAGGAAUCCAGGAGUUACGCGCAGCAGAGCCGGUCCAAUAACUGUGACAUUAGCGCGGCUACCGGUACUUCAUUAGAACCAGGUGACCAACAAAUCUGUAGCGCUAGUAAAAACAAGACUAGCCACAGUAACCGGACUGGGACCGACAAAGCUCACCGGGCGCUUCAAAUGUUACCAGCCACUGUCCUCAGCACUAGAUCUGCUUUCCCCCGGAUAAACCACGGCCGACACGGCAACAGUAAAACCGCUGUGAAGUGCCCAUUUUGUGCCAAGCCUUUCCCUGCCAGUCGAUUUGAAGAACACGUUCUGAGCUGCAUUAGAAAAAAGCAAAAACUGCCCUAUAACACUGACUGUUUGGGGAGAGAUGCUGGGGAGUGCUCUGUUUGCCUGGAGGAUCUGAAGCAGGGAGACAUGAUCGCCAGACUGUCCUGUCUCUGUGUAUAUCACAAGAGCUGUAUAGAUUCCUGGUGUAGCGUCAAGCCGUGCUGCCCAGAGCACCCCUUUAACUGAACAUCUCCCCGGAGUCUGAAAUGAAUCCUGUCCAAGGCAGUUAUUUCCAGGGAAAUUCAAUACGGAUUUAAAUAAAAUGAAAACAAAAUGAAGAAGCAUAUCAAAGGAGCCAAAAGACAAUUGGAAACCAAUUUACCCAGGUGGCGCAGUGGUGCUUGCCACUUCUUCUGAAGGCUGGGUGCUAGGUUUUUUCUGGAGUUCUGGGUUCAAUUCUGUGAACAAGUGGAAUGUUUGGCUAGUCAAUGGUCUUCUCUACCAUCCCUGUGAAUGGGUUUAUUACACAAAGCAAGCCCCCAUCACACUCACACAGAAGACAUGAACUAUGAUUUUAAGAGAAAGGUCAAGAACAGAAUGGCCAGCAGAAGGUGUUCAGAACUGUGAAGGGGAAAAGGUCACGGUGCCUGACUGCAACCACGUUCUUCUUGAGUUUUCAUGAGAAUCAUUGAAAUUUACUUUAAUAAUAAUAAUAAUAAUAAUAAUAAUAAUGUGCUCUGUGCUAAACAUCUAUUGCAUAUGGAUUCAAGCUUCACAUAUAGAUCUAUUCCAUAAUAAUUCUGUAACUUAAAAUGCAUAACAAUCCCAGAAUCUUAUAUCGGGGGAAAUAAUAAUAAUAAUAAUUAAGAUAGUGCCGGUCAAUUUGAAGGCUCUACCUUGUGAUGGCUGACACAACUGGAGUUGUGUCUCAAGCUGAAGGCGCCAACGAAAAGUCAACCACCACACGAUAGAGGCUUCAUCGAGAGGGCACCAUCACUGUUAGGAAACGUUAUCUUUAACUUGUAAUCAUUUGCGUGGUGCCCUUCUGCUGAGAAGUUUUAGGAAAAUGGUCCCAGGAAGGUUCAUAAAAGAUCACAUGCACAAUGAGAAGAAGGAAAAUAACUUUUUUGUUUUCUGAUCCAAGCUUGCAGUUACUUUAUCUGGACAGUGGAGAAUAUCUCAAUGGAACAAUAUUACUAAACUGUCCAAAAAUGACAAAUGAAUGCCAUUUCCAAAAAGUAAAUGCCUCCAGUGCCUGAUCGAGAAGGAAAGGGAAUACCACUAUUAAGAUAAAUAUUUAUCAAUGUACUAUUAAUACUUGUAUCUUAUCUAAAUGUAGAGUUGAGAUUGACCGUGCUUUAUAAAAUAUACAAAAUUAAAAUAUUAUAGACAAACAGUGCAUCAAAUAAUAUAUUUUUCAUUUUAGGUGUAUUUUUAAAAUUGUCAUAUAAAGCACGUCUUUUUUUAUUUGUAUACAUUACUAGGAUUUACAACCCCUUUACCUGGCGUUGCACAGGACAGAAUCCGUAAUGCAUCACACCACACUGCCCUCCACACGUCAACACAGAAACACCGGUUGCAGAAUUCGUUCUUCACUUCCUCUCCCCAGACAGUGGUGCGCUGAUGAAUGAACUCAAUCACUGAAGUCCGUGUAUUUUCUAUUUGCCGAGAUUCAUGCUCUGUGUUCAUUUUAAAAGCUAUUUAUUUGUUUUUGAAUAUGUAACGCUGUUUUCUCUUUGCGUAAUGUGGUGUGCCUAGGGCUGAACUUUGUUUUUCUGUUAUUUUUUACAAUAUAUAAUUUAAUAACUCUUCGUUAUGAGAUUCAUUGGGGGUGACUGUUUUGUGUCACUGUUAUUGUGAUCAUUAUAAAUCCUUCAUGAAAUCUUUAUUUAAAAAAAGAGGAUGUUAUGUUAUAAAAAUAUGCAGUUGAAUGCAGUAUAUUGUACAAACCCUUACUCUCAGCCUGCUGUUGAAGCCAAGGUAAAUGUUAUAAUGAGAGCUGUAUUUUCUUUUUAUGUUAACUGCUUAUUUCACAGUAGAUAUUUGAAGCUAUUUUUCAAUUAAACACAAUAUUUAUUAAAGCAGAA